AUGGGUCGUUUGAUUGAGGUGAUUGGCGAAAGAGGAACCCAUAAACUUGGUAUUGCAAGGAAUGCGAUAAUUGCUGACGUUAUAGUAGAACAACAAUGGAGAUUCCGGAAGACAAGAGAUAUAAGCAUUGAACAAGUACUCACACGAGUGAAGGAGUUCCCAGUGGCUCUGGUGCAAAAUGUAGCUGAUAUAGUGAAAUGGAAAAGCGGAGAGGAGGAGUUCCAGAAGUCUCUCUCUGUAUAUAACACUUGGAACAUGAUCCAUACACGUUAUGAAACAGUGUCUUGGUCUAAUGUAAUCUGGUUUAAGCAAGGAGUGCCUCGAUGUGCUUUUAUCACUUGGUUAGCCAUAAAAGAUAGGCUCUCUACAUGGACUAGAAUGAGAGAUUGGGGGAUAGUACAUGGGUUUCCUCUUUGUGGCGAACCAGAGGAAUCACGUGACCAGUUGUUCUUUGCAUGCCCCUAUACCUAUGAAAUCUGGUUGCAAGUCAUUGGUUCUUUGCUACGUCCUGCUCCUUCACCGGACUGGGCAGAGAUUCUGGCUCGAAUUCUCAGUGUAGCAUAUGACAUACAUGCUUUUAUUCUUCUGGGGUUAGCUGUGCAAGUCACAGUCUAUUAUAUAUGGCGAGAGAUAAAUGAGAGGAGACAAGCACAGAGAAGUAGACCAGUGAUCCAACUUGAGAAAAUAAUUGAAAAGACAAUCAUGCAAAGGCUUCGGUCUACUAAAUAUUAUGAGAAGAAAGGGCUGGAGGGUUUGAUGCAGCGAUGGUUCCUGGCUCCUAUUGAGUAA